AUGUAUAAGCUGAUUACUGCCUUACCUUUGCUAUCCCUGCUGGCCUCGCCGGCUCAUGCAACCCCACCGAGACCCUCACAACCCACCGUAACGAUCAAAAAUGGAACAAUACGCGGCCUCUACAGUAACGUGUGGGGACAAGACUACUUUCUAGGUAUUCCAUAUGCCCAAUCCGCAACGGGGAACAACCGGUUCGCCCUCCCAAAGCCAAUUUCCACCAAAUGGUCCGGCGAGCUUGUAGCCCAGACCUAUGGUGACCGGUGUCUCGGGCUCCACCACCCAUUCCCAGACCUACCUGAAAGCGAAGACUGCCUCAACCUCAAUAUUAUUCGUCCAGUAGGCUAUUCGCACACCAAACUUCCAGUUCUCGUAUGGAUCCAUGGAGGAGGUUUCACCAGCAGUGGUAGUUCUAAUCCUCCCUAUAAUAUGACCUUCAUGGUCGAUCAAUCUGUCAAAAGCGGUAAACCAAUCAUCGCCAUCAGUUUCAAUUAUCGCCUUACAGCGUGGGGGAUGCUCGCCUCCAAAUUCAUGACAGAUUCUGGAAUUACGAAUGUUGGGAUCAAGGACCAGCGAUUUGCUCUUCAUUGGAUACAAGAUAAUAUUGCGGCUUUUGGUGGCGACCCAAAGAAGGUUACUAUAGCUGGUGACUCUGCCGGGGGUGUCUCAGUCGGUAUUCACACUCUUGCGUACGGUGGACGAGACGAUAAAUUAUUCCGUGCUGCUAUCAUGGAUAGCGGCCCCGCCCUCUAUAUAGGCAAAUACGGUGACUUACCUAUUUUGGAGGUCAUGUAUAACACUCUAGUAGAAUCUGUUAACUGUACUUCGGCUGCCAACUCCCUUACAUGCCUUCGCCAGGUUCCGACAGAUAUCAUGUGGUCGGCUAUCAAGGCCGUUGACGCGGCGUUCCCAACCCAAUGGCAAUACCAUAUCGACGGGGAUAUCAUCCGUGAGCGUUCCUCGAUUUCUCUUAAACGUGGCCGAUUUGUCAAGGUGCCAAUCUUAGUCGGCUGUACGUCAGACGAGGGAACCUAUGGUAUCGGAAACGGUGUAGAUACCACCGAGGAACUUAUCGGUUUCAUGAAACUAGCAACAACUACAACGCUUAGCGAUGAGACCAUAAACGAUAUUUUGAAGGCAUACCCUGAUGAUCCGGUCCUGGGUCUUCCAGGAGGUUCACCAGAGCGUUUCCCACCGCCAUAUGGACGACAAUACAAGAGGCUCGCAGCCAUUGCAACUGACUACUUCCUCGUCGCUGGAAGAAGAUUAACGGCUCGUGCAUGGGCUGAACGCGGCGCAACAGCCUAUUCUUGGAGGUUUAAUACGAUUCCCGCUGGUGUCCCACGAGAAAUAGGCUCGACACAUGUUACUGAUCAGGCGUUCGUCUUUGCGAACUUUCUGGGUGUUGGGUAUGAUGUCAAUUACUAUGAUGUUGAGCCUGCUAGCAGAAAAGCCAAUUAUAUUAAGACGGGACAAUUGAUGUCGCGUUCUAUUAUGAGCUUUGUGCAUGAUUUAACACCCAAUAACCAUGGCAUGAACGGAUACCCCAAGUGGCCGAAAUACGUCAAGGACGAGCCUAAGAAUUUUGUUUUCGAGGGCAAUACCACUUCAUAUGUGGAAGCUGAUAAUUUCAGGAAGGCCGGGAUCAACAUCUUCAUUCACCGUGCACAGGAAUUCCUCCACUAG